AUGGAGGUUCCCGGAUCCACAGAAAAUAACCGUGGAAGGCACGGCAAUCUCAAACCAGAAAACAUUCUGUGGUUCAAAGGUCCCGGCUGUGACGGCUUGGGUGGCCCAACCGGUGUCCUACAGAUUUGCGACUUCGGUUUAGCCGAUUUUCACAGCACACAGUGGGCACUUGUCCCGGCGGGGAACAUCGGGGGCUUGACUCACGCAUACCGAACUCCUGAAUGGGACGUCUCAAACCUCAUAUCGCCAUCAUACGACAUUUGGUCUCUGGGGUGUGUUCUCUUGGAGUUUGUCACAUGGUACAUGCUCGGAGCCAAAAAGGUCAAGAACUUCGAGGAUAAGCGGGUAGCUGGGUCUCCCGAAAUAGCACUUUCGACUACAGAAGACCCUUCUUCAGUUUAUACAAUCAGUCCGGUUGGCGUGGGUCGAGAGUGGCAGAGAAGAAGGCAGUUAUAA